UAAGCUGGAGUAGAAGGGAUUAUCUCUAAAACACAUACUCGUGUACUGUUGAUGUUCAAACUACUACAAUUUUAAGUAAAAGAGUUGGGCAGCUUGUACUGCUCCUUCACAACACUUCCUGCUUGUGGGAAAUCACAAGCUUGAGCGGGAAAUGGAGGAGGAGUGGACAGGAGAGGAGGAGGUGUCUUCUUACAUCCUGAGUCCUUCUCCUCUCCCCGAUAUCUUUUCCGUCAUGGCUGAUGGGGUGGGCUGAGCACAUAGCUGUGUCUUUCAUUGGGUUAGACAGCGAGAGUGUGACACGCAGGAAGUUUGCGCCUGCGCACUGUGACCACAAUCAGUUGAACCGCAAGAAAGAGAGUGUAUACACGCCACAUGCUGGCUGAUGUAACUGGAAGUACCUUAUUUAGAAUGUGUUGAAUACAAUCACGAAGUCGGUUGGCCAUAGCAGCAUAAGAUGACCUUCAUUACUACCUGUUGGCUAAUCAAAAACUGAAAUCAUACUUUGCAUCAUGUCACUGUUGACGCACAUGCUGGCUUGCCUCUUUGGCAUUGGGUCAUGGGUCGCCAUCAAUGGGAUGUGGGUUGAGCUCCCACUGAUUGUACCUGAGAUCCCUGAAGGUUGGUACCUGCCCUCCUACCUCACUGUAAUCAUCCAGUUGGCGAACAUCGGACCACUUUUCAUCACACUUAUGCAUCGCUUCAGGCCAAGAGCACUGGAUGAGCGGCCAGUCAUCUACACCAUUGUAGUGUUGGGUGUCCUGGCCACCUUUCUACUGGCUUUCCUCUGGAAGCACACGUUAUUUGUGGGAAAUGCUGUACACAGUGUAGCUCUGCUGUCUCUCAGUUUCCUACUGUCAGUGGUGGACUGCACCUCCUCUGUCACCUUCCUGCCUUUUAUGAUGAGGCUCCAGCCUCAGUACCUCACCACCUACUUCGUUGGAGAGGGCCUGAGUGGCCUGAUUCCAGCUCUGGUGGCUCUGAUUCAGGGUGUUGGGGUGGUCCAAUGCAAAAAUGCUACAGUUAAUGCAAAUUUUAGCAUGGUCAACUAUACCAGUGGUGAACUGAAAGCACAUUACCAGCCAGCUAACUUCUCUGUUCAGGUCUUCUUCCUGUUCCUCAGCACCAUGAUGGCAGUGUGCCUGGGUGCUUUCGUGAUGCUCAACUACCAUCCUGCUGUAGUACAAGAACAUAAAUGUGAGAAGUACCUUGAUGAUACAAAGCGCCAAGAGAAGGCUGAUAUUAGCAUCUCCCUGCAGAACCAUCCUGCAGAACAAACACCCAUGUUGGAACAUGCAGAAGGUCCAGCAAAUAAACCUCACAGCACUUUUGGGAAAGGCACGUACAGCAGAACAGAGGUGGUCUUCAUUUUUGUUGUUCUGGCUUGGGUUAAUGCAUUAACCAAUGCAGUUCUCCCUUCAGUACAGUCCUACUCCUGCCUGCCAUAUGGUAAUCAGGCCUAUCACUUGGCAACUGCUAUGGCUGCAGUGGCUAACCCUGUGGCCUGCUUUAUCGCCAUGUUUUUCCCAAUCAGGUCUCUGAUGCUGAUGGGGGUUCUCACAAUAACUGGUACUGGAUUUGGGGCCUACAUCAUGGGCAUGGCAGCACUGAGUCCCUGUCCUCUAUUGGUUCAUCAUGAACUAGGAGCUGCACUCAUGGUGAUAACUUGGGUGAUAUUUGUCCUCACUCUGUCCUACGUGAAGGUGAUUAUUGGGGUGAUCCUACGAGAUGAAGGACACAGUGCCCUCGUGUGGUGUGGUGCUGUAGUACAACUCGGGUCCAUGUUAGGGGCCAUGUCAAUGUUUCCUUUAGUCAGUGUUUAUGGACUCUUCAAAUCAGGUGAUCCCUGUAACACUAAGUGCCCUACAUGAAACACUCUUAAUUAAAAAAUAGAAAAAGUAAUGCAUAAAUGUGUUACAGUUCAUUUCUCUAUUUAGUUCAAGAAAAACAAACAAAGGGCCAGUUACAGUGAAUACACUGCAGCCAAUACAAUUCAAGACAAUAUUUUACUGAUUCAAAUGUUACAGAAGAAAUAGUUCUUUUUUCCCAAAUACUUGCACUGUGUUAAGUAGCCUUUAAGUGCACUAGAUUAGUUACACUAGAUAGAGCUAUAAUGUUACAGACCAAUAUAAAGAUGUAUUUGUCUGUCGUGGUUAAUGUUAAUUUAACUGAUGCUUAUUGAAAGGUGAUUUCAUAGUAUGCUAUUUAAAGCAACUGGUCAUUUUUUGCAUAUUUAUAUGGUUUAGUACUUUUUUAACACUUUAAUAAAAAUCAUUGCUGGUCAAAUUAAA